AGCGCAUGCGCAUCAAAAGCGGAACCUCGUGAAAAUUAAAAAUCUCAGGAAUUAUUUACAAAAGUGUCGUAGUUAUGGCAUUUGCUGCAUCUAGAUGUUUAUUUAACACUGUAAGAACUUCUUUGAGUAAGGGUUCAUCCUUGAGUUCAAAUGUCAAUGCAUCCAGAUCUAUUUUAAGAGGAGAAAGUGGAAGAACAUUUACCCGGUCAAUGUGGCACAUGUCAAAUCAGAGUAAGGAAAGUGAUGUAAAUAUUUUAUUAGGAAAACAUGCAGUAUGGAGCAAAACAUGUGGCUGUGGGAUGCAUACAGAAAAUACAGCUAUGAUGCUAGAAUACCUAAAGACAGAUAUAGAGAAUGAAAAAUCAACACUACAGUCUGUGCCCCCUCCUAAAGGUUAUGCUGUAAAACAAGAAGGAGCUAAUAUCACUCUUACCAAACAGCAUGGAGAUACAUUAAUCACUGUCAAGAUGAACCUAAACCAUAGUACACCAACAGACAUCGAUGAAGCUUAUGAAGGAGAAGAGGCUGAAGCUGCAGAGGAAGCUGUACCUGAAUUAGUAAGUGUUCCUGACCUAGAAAUCUUCCUCACUAAAGGAUCAGGUCCGUCAUUGUUCUUCUGGUUUCAAGCCAUGGAGGGUGCAAUCCCUGCCGCUAACCCAGAGAAUGUUCCAGAAGAAGAAGAAACUGAAUUCCCCUGGCCUUACAGUGUGUUUGAAGUAGGCUUUGCUAACCCAGGAGAUGAAAAACAAGAUAUUAAGAAUUAUGUCAUCAGCGGUCAGGUUAUGGAUGGGAGCCUUCAUGACAUGCACUUAAACAUGUUAGAGGACCUGGGUGUGGACAACCAAUUCUUAGAUGAACUUUUUAAAUACACCACUGCAGAAGAACAUCGCCUUUAUAUCAAGUUCCUAGAACAAACCAAGGACUUUGUUGCCAAGUAAAUAGCCAUGGAAAAUACCAUCAAGUAUUUUACAGUUGCCAAGGAAAUGUACAUGUAAAAGGCCUUGAAUUAAGACAAACUAGUGUAAUGUACACAUUAUUGCCAAAUUUGAGUGUUAAAAGGCACAUAAAGCUCUGAACAAUUGAAGUUACUGUAACAUUUGCUGAUAAAACAUAUUGAUUAGAGGUACCAAAAAAUGAUCAGCCUGUACUAAACAUUCUGUUGUGUUUUGUUUGGUAGCCCAAUGUACAGGGUGCCCCAUAAAAAUUGUAGCAAAGAAACAUACGUACUAUAGCCUUGCCCGUUAAGUGUUAAAUCAUGUCAUGUAAAACAUUAACUAUCUUGUGGAAGUAGUGAACAA